GGGGCUGGGCCCAGGGCUGGGGCUGGGACCGCUGUAUGCAAUGGGAACCAGGGCCUGGAGAGGGGGCACAGGCCCCAGCAUUUGACUGCCCAGUCUGGUGUGUCCUCUGCCAGGGAUGUAGGGCUAGGCUCAGGGAGGCCUGCCAGAGAGGGAGGGGGGCCAUCAGACUGCCCACAGACAUGCUUAGCAUCAAACUCCCCCAGCUCUUUGACAUCCACCAAGUCCCCAAGGUGUUCCGGGAGGAUGGCAUCAUCUCGGGAUACCGUCACCCCCAAAGCUCCGCCCUGGACUGCAUCCUUAGCAGCUUCCAGAUGACCAAUGAGACCGUCAACAUCUGGACCCACUUCCUGCCCACAUGGUACUUCCUGUGGCGCUUCAGUGUCCUGUGCUCCACACUGAACUUCCUGUCGGAGAGCUACACCUGGCCGCUGCUGGUGUACAUGCUGCUAAUCUGCGUGUACCCCUUCACCUCCAGCUGUGCCCACACCUUCAGCACCAUGUCCCCAGAGGCACGCCACAUCUGCUACUUCUUCGACUACGGCGCCCUCAGCCUCUACAGCCUGGGUUGUGCCAUAACUUAUAGCUCCUAUGUGAUGCCUGACUGCUGGGUCAACAGCUGGCUGCACCAACACUUUGUGCCCAUCGCCAUCUGCAACACACUAUUCUGCACGAGCCUGUCCUGCUAUUCUAGAUUCCUGGAGAUGCAGUUUCCACACCGGAGUAAAAUUCUCCGGACAGGGGCAUUUGUCUUUCCAUUCAUCUUUGACAACAUCCCUCUAUUUUACAGACUGCUGCUGUGCUGCGGGGGCAGCUGCUGUCACAGUGAGGCCCUGCCCAGUCACUGUUACCACCUCCUCUUCGCCUUCCUCACCUGUUUCCUGUUUGCCUCACACCUCCCAGAGAGGCUGGCCCCGGGGCGCUUCGACUACUUUGGUCACAGUCACCAGCUUUUCCACAUCUGUGCCGUGGUGGGUACCCACUUCCAGAUGGAGGCGGUGCUAGCAGAUAUGACCUCACGCAGGGCGUGGCUCAUCGCCCAGGCGGCCGUACCCUCCUUCCUGAGUACCGUGGGGGCACUGGCCCUCGGCAUCAUCCUCAACCUAGGCAUCAUUGGCAUCUUCAGUGCACCUCUGCUGUGGAACCCUCACCACAGUGCCAACCACCCACUGACGCCACCCACGAAACGCAAGGAACAGUGACACUCCCCACAACCAGUGACCACCCAGUAUGUUCAAAUGAAAAGGUUUGGCUAAAUCAUUCUACCAGUCGUAAUAACCAUAAGAAGUUAUAUUAUACCUUUUAAAACCAGGUAGUAUUUGUAUAAACCCAUUGGAUUAUUAUCACAGGAUGGUUUUUCUACAUGUUAUUCUAACGUCAUUAUAAGGUUUGUUUAGGAGUUUAUUAAUGUGUUCACUGUUUGAAGCCGAAUACCCAGCUAUUUUUAUGAAGCCUUUCAGUUAUUCAGUAUCAUUGUUUACUGUUAAAAGUUUUGGAGGUAUUUUGAGUUAAAGUAUCAUAUGCCAACUUCUUUUCACUUAUACUUGAAAGGAUCUGGGUUGUAUGAAGCAUAUGUGAUGUCUAACAAGACAUAAAAGUGCCUUUAUUUAUAUAUAUAUAUAUUGACCCAAAUGUUACCUAAGUACUUGUAAAUAUUAUUUCUGGUUCGUGUAAAUCUCAAACUGGAAAAAUCUUUAACUGUAAAUUUGCAGGGACUUUUCAUAUUAAUAUAUAAGUAUUUAGCUACUGUUUUUGAAAUGUCCUAUAUAUUUGUAAGCCAUUAUUAGAACAUCUCAAAACCCAUAUUUAAUAUAAAUUAUGACUAUCCAUUACAUGAUUCUCAUGACUUCUAAAAUAAUCUGUACUCUCACUAACUGGACUACUUAGUAUGAUUCCACCAUUUUGUUUUCAUAUUCAAUACCAUCUCAUUUAAAUCUCCACUAUGACUUGAAUAGAUGUAUAGACCAGUGUAGUGCUCAGAUUAACCUGCUCUAAACGUCUACACUAAGAAAGGUGCUAUCUAGAACCUAAAAGGGUUCUUUGACUGCCCCCAUAGGAGACCCCUUUAAAGAACCCUUUUUGGUUCCAGCUAGAACCCUUUUGAGUUCCUUGUAGAACCCUUUCCACAGAGGGUUCUACAUAGAACCCAAAAGAGUUCUACCUGGAGUCAAAAAGGGUUCUACCUGAAACCAAAAAGGGUUCUCCUAUGGGGACAGCCGAAGAACCCAUUUUUUCUAAGUGUGUAGCUGAAAGCAACAGCACUGUACCAUGUCUAUGAUUAAAAAACAUGGUGACAUUUUACAGAAGUACGUUUCCAUGGAAACUUCAUGGUUCUUGGCAGUUUGUGUUCCUGUGAAUGCCCAGUCACUUGAAUUGUUCUUUGGAGUACUCUUAUUUUUUACUUCUACAACAUACAGUAAUGGUCAUUGGAUGCAUUUUUUUUUGAAACUCUACGUGCUGUUUAAAUGUCAGAGAAUUACUGAAAUUCUAGGUAGGACCGAGAUAGGACAUUCCAAAUGACCUUGUUUAUAACAGCUAUCUGAUGGAAGAAAUCUUUCGAUGAUGGUGCACAACAGAACUGAAUGAGUGAUGUCACCUCACCUCCCAGGAAUGGGGAUGUGGUCAGUGGAGGUCAAAGGGUCUUGGCACUGUCAUAUUCAUGUGGUAUCGUGGUGGUCAUUGCAGGUUUAUGGCAAACCAAUACACCGCUCACCCCAUGCUGGUAUAACAUUGUCAGUGGCUAUUGUUUACAUGUGUCCUCGAAAAAGAGUGUGGUAUCUCUUGAGUAUUUAUUCCUUGUGGUAUAUAUAACAGCACCUACUGUUUCUGUUCAGUAGUAAAGUGUGAAGCAUAUGUACAGGUAAUGUACAGCCAAAAUAAAGGAAACACCAACGUAAAGUGUCUUAAUAGGGUGUUGGGCCACCACGAGCUUCUAGAACAGCUUCUAUGCCUUGGCAUAGAUUCUACAAGUGUCUGGAACUCUAUUGGAGGGAUGCGACACCAUUCUUCCACGAGAAGUUCCAUCAUUUGGUGUUUAGUUGAUGGUGGUGGAAAACGCUGUCUUAGGUGCCACUCCAGAUUCUCCCAUAAGUGUUCAAUUGGGUUGAGAUCUGGUGACGGACACACACACACACACACACACACACACCCUUUAAAACCCUUAUGCUCCUUUGAGACCCCUCUUUCAAAGUCACUGAAAUCUCUUCUUGCUAUGGUAGCCAAAAUAAUGGGAAACUGGGCAUUUUUAUACAUGACCCUAAGCAUGAUGGGAUAUUAAGUGCUUAAUUAACUCAGGAACCACACCUGUGAGGAAGCACCUGCUUUCAACAUACUUUGUGUUUCCUUUUUUUCUGGGAAUUACCUGCAUAUUUACAUUAUUAUUUUUGUAAAUGUUUUAGAUGAGGAAAAAUAAUGAAUUACAUCCCCAACAUCAUAUAAUAAUUUCUUGACAUAAUAGCACUUACAUGUAUCGCGCUAGACCUAACUCACAUGUCAUUAUUUUAUCAUGUAGCUCUGUGUCCAGUAUGUAGGGGAGACCAGGGUUGAUUGUCACAGUGCUUAUAACUCCCAAACUAGAAGGCACUGUGUAAUCAUUUUAAGAUUAAAAUGUGUGAAUUCUUUGAAAGAACUAAUCCAUCUGGUUAAUUUAUGUCAUCAUAACAAAGCAUUGAGGUGAGGGGAUUUGUUUUCAUAGAUGAAAGUUAAAAAAUAUAUAAAAAAGAUGUCAGUAUUUUUUUAAAUAAAUGUUUGAAUUAUGGGAGUAUACAUGUAAAAAAAUAUAUUAUAGGGAGAGCUGCAUUCCACACCCAUGUGGUAACUAUCAUCGUAAUUAACAUUGUGUGCUGUUGCAAUAAACCUUCUGUCCCAAUAAACCUGAACACCUUUGGCCGGCAUAUCAAAAUGUGUUGGGAAUAACAUACAGUUGAAGUCAUUAAAACUCAUUUUCAACCAUUCCACACAUUUUCUGUUAACAAACUAUAGUUUUGGCAAGUCUAAUAGGACAUCUACUUUGUGCAUGACACAAGUAAUUUUUCCAACAAUUGUUGACAGACAAAUUAUUUCACUUAUAAUUCACUGUGUCACAAUUCCAGUGGGUCAGAAGUUGACAUACUGUGCCUUUAAAAAGCUUGGAAAAUUCCAGAAAAUUAUGUCAUGGCUUUAGAAGCUUCUGAUAGGCUAAUUGACAUCAUUUGAGUCAAUUGGAGAUGUACCUGUGGAUGUAUUUCAAGGCCUACCUUCAAACUCAGUGCCUCUUUGCUUGACAUCAUGGGAAAAUCAUGGAUCAAUUUCCAAAUGCCUGAAGGUACCACUUUCAUAUGUACAAACAAUAGUACCCAAAUAUAAACACCAUGGGGCCACGCAGCCACCAUACCGCUCAAGAAGGAGACGCAUUCUGUCUCCUAGAGAUGAACGUACUUUGGUGCGAAAAGUGCAAAUCAAUUCCAGAACAACAGCAAAGAACCUUGUGAAGAUGCUGGAGGAAACAAGUACAAAAGUAUCUAUAUCCACAGUAAAACAAGUCCUAUAUUCACAUAACCUGAAAGGCUGCUCAGCAAGGAAGAAGCCACUGCUCCAAAACUGCCAUAAAAAAACCAGACUACGGUUUGCAACUGCACAUGGGGACAAAGAUUGUACUUUUUGGAGAAAUGUCCUCUGGUCUGAUGAAACAAAAAUAGAACUGUUUGGCCAUAAUGACCAUCGUUAUGUUUGGAGGAAAAAGGGGGAGACUUGCAAGCCAAAGAACACCAUCCCAACCGUGAAGCAUGGGGGUGGCAGCAUCAUGUUGUGGGGGUGCUUUGCUGCAGGAGGGACUGGUGCACUUCACAAAAUAGAUGGCAUCAUGAUGGAAAAUUGUAGACGUAUUGAAGAAACAUCUCAAGACAUCAGGAAGUUAAAGCUCCGUCACAAAUGUGUCUUCAAAUGAGCAAUGGCCCCAAGCAUACUUCCAAAGUUGUGGAAAAAUGUCUUAAGGACAACAGAGUCAGGGUAUUGGAAUGGCCAUCACAAAGCCCUGACCUCAAUCCUAUAGAAAAUCUGUGUGCAGAACUGAAAAAGCGUGUGCGAGCAAGGAGGCCUACAAACCUGACUCAGUUACACCAGCUCUGUCAGAAGGAAUGGGACAAAAUUCACCCAACUUAUUGUGGGAAGCUUGUGGAAGGCUACCUGAAGUGUUUGACCCAAGAUAAACAAUUUAAAGGCAAUUCUACCAAAUACUAAUUGAGUGCAUGUAAACUUCUGGCCCACUGGGAAUGUGAUGAAAGUAAUAAAAGCUGAAAUAAAUCAUUAUCUCUACUAUUAUUCUGACAUUUCACAUUCUUAAAAUAAAGUGGUGAUUCUGACUGACCUAAGACAGGGAAUGUUUACUAGGAUUAAAUGUCAGGAAUUGUGACAAACUGAGUUUAAAUGUAUUUGGCUAAGGUGUAUGUAAACUUGCACAUUAGGAAGAUGUUGCAGAGACAUCAAAAUAGAAUAUGAAUGCCUGGCCGACAUAUACAUUCUGCAGUUAAACAUAGUUUAUGUAGUCUAAAAACAUCUGUGAGAUGCCAAUUAGCAAACAAUGUCUAAACUGCAUCUCCCUAUUCAUAGCGUGUACAUCCAUUGGCCAGAGGUUUCUCUGCUAUCUGGGUCUGUUGCCUUUCUCUCCCAAACACUUUUUCUGUCACACACCGACACAUGUACACACGUGUGUGCAAACACACGCACACACAAAUUGACUCAAAAUGUCAUAUGUUGUUCUAAGGCAUAAAAUGCAGAAUUUUGUUAGGAAUAUCAUUAGAUCAAAGAAAGGCAUGGCUAUUUCUAAGAUGCUGUGUACUAUAUUGAUUCCUUUCCAUUACAAAUGGAAAGAACUACUAGCCAACAUUGUGACAACCAACCCCAUCAGUGGAGUCUGCCUAGGGGUGGACGGCGCAUAAUAAUGGCUAGAACAGAGCAAAUGCAAUGACAUCAACCGCAUGUAAACUAUGUAUUUGAUAUAUUUGAUACCAUUCCACUGAUUCCACUCCAGCCAUUACCACGAACCCGUCCUCCCCAAUUAAGGUGCCACCAACCUCCUGUGAACCUUAUACUGUGUGACAACCAACCCUGCGAUGGGGCUGGUUGUCACAAGUGGACAGAGUGUGUUUGAUGGCUUAUUACUCCAUGUUGGAAUAAGACAUACUAAUAGGAUCCCUAUUUCAACCCAAGACCUUGGUCUUUCUAUUCAUGGUGAAGGAGUGUUGUUAUAUAUACACACCAGAGUAAAACGUGUGACAACCAACCUCAGUCUCCCCUAACGGCUUUGGGUGGUUAUGAGGGAAUAGAAAGUGAUAUGGUGAUCAGUGAGGGAAAUGGACUGUGUUGCAGGUCGAGCAGAGUGUACAGGCAGUGUAGGCACACACACAAAAACACACGCGCACAUACACACAUAGACACACCUCAUUUUACUCCAACGAGUGCCCUAUUGUUUGAAAACCAUUUUUUGUUUCCAGGGGUUAGUUUAUUGAACACAGAUAGACAUAUAUAUUUGCCCUUUUCAUCAUUAUACUACUCAGUUUUCCACUAUUGAUUUUGGUAUGGUGCUUUCAUCGUCUUACGACUUGUUUCUUGGAAGUGGGUUGUGACUAGCGUGUGGCCGACCAUAUCGACCAUAACUGAAUCUGAAUUGGCAUAUUGUAGUGCUGAAUAUAUCUGCAGUUGGUGCAUAUAACCUAUUGUCCUUUUACGUUUUUGAAUAUUUGAAUGCUCAACUAAAUUUCUAAACAUUCUGUCAUGCUUUUGUCAUUGAAAUCUACAUUCGAUUUUUAACUGGAUUAUCGCUGGAAAAAAGUGAUGACCUAUUAGUUCAAAUGUGUCUGCUUGUUUACGGCGAUCCCUUUCAUGAAGCUACAAUGAUGAUUUCUCAAAGUGUGUUCAUAUUGAAUGACAUGUUACAGUAAGUAAAAUAGGAAGCUAUGCAAAGAUUUGGUUGGAUGACACAGAGAACCACACACCAAUGAACGUCCAGUGACUCCUGAAGAGUGCUAGGUUUUAGGAAAGAGGGAAGAAGCGGUUUGAAUGAAUGUCUGUGCCCAUUGUCCUUUCUCACUACCUUUAAUUAAACCUUUAUUUUAAUUUAGCAUAUGUGCUGUGUUUUGUGUGGAGAACUUAAUAUAGUUCCUGGGGGGGAAAAAAACAGAAAAAAAACAUUUCCUUGUUACUAAAAUUGUAUCAAUGCUGCCUUAUUAGAGUGUAUUCGUCACCGGAAUCAUUUCUCUAAUAAAAAUGACUUAACACAUA